UCUGUGGGCGUGGCUGUGUGACGUCACCGCCUCGCUCCAUGCGAGUCAAUUCAUGCCCGCCUCAUCACAUCGCCUCGCGCCUCAAACCCCGUCAGCAGCAGAACGGCUCCGGAGGGGGAAAAAAACAAGAUAAAUCGGAAUAUUUGGGACCUAAAGUUAGACGUGCUAUUUCUUUUAAACAGUGGAAAACAACAACAAGAACAACAGGAGAAAUACGCUGGGAGCAACUUUUAAAGCAGGAUGACCCCAGGCAACUACUUAAAGACCCAUUGUUAAGCUUCUGCUGGAUUUGCAGAACCCGCUUCUCAUUAAGGGAAAGAAGAAAGGCUCCUGCCAUGACAGAUUACCACGUUUGCCCCAGUAAGAAAACUAUAGAUGGUGAUGAAUCCCCAGUGAUCAGUGCCAUCAUGUUUGGCUUGGGAAUCUUUGGCAACGUUGCUGCCAUGGUGAUCCUUGAAAUCCGUCGGCGCAGGGACUUGAAGGCUAAUGACAGGCGACACAGGGGGUUGUUCCACAUCUUUGUAAUCUCGCUGGUGUUUACUGACCUGGCUGGGACAUGCAUGAUCAGCCCCAUCGUGCUGAUUGCAUACGCAAGGAACAUGACUUUGAUUGGGAUGGCAAAGAAUUCCAACAGUUCUGCUGCCAUCAUCAGCACUAGCAGCACAUGUCAGUACUGUGGUGUCAGCAUGACCUUCUUCGGCCUGGCCACCAUGUCGCUCCUCUUCAUUACAGCACUGGACAGAUGCUUUGCCAUAGGACACCCCUACCUGUACAACCGGCUUGUCACCAAGAAAUGGGCUUAUAUUACAAUUCCUGUUAUGUUUCUUAUGUGUACCUUAUUCUGUCUGCUUCCUUUUGUGGGAUUCGGUACAUAUGUACAAUACUGCCCUGGCACAUGGUGCUUCUUUGACAUGAACCCCACGAAAGUUGCAGACCGGGUCUAUGCUAAUUUAUACGCCACAAUUAUGCUGGUGUUGGUGCUGUCAAUUGUAGCCUGCAACGGAUUUGUGGUGUACCAGCUGUUCCGGAUGUACCGGCGUCGGAACAAGCAAGGCUCAGCGAUGAAGAGCAUGAGAGCCAGCAACGAGCACAGGAUGUUCGUGGCUCAUGAAGUGGAGCAUCUAAUCCCGCUGGUCUUCAUGACUAUCAUCUUCAUCGUCUGCACAAUGCCCCUGGUGAUCCGAGUGUACGUCAACUCUACAGGGUUGUAUUUGAAGUCCCAUGAAUUGGACCUGAAAGCCCUGCGAUUCAUCUCCUUCAACUCCAUCAGCGAUCCAUGGGUCUUCAUCCUUCUCUCCCCCAGCGUGCUGCACUUUUUCUGUUUGGGAGCCUGCAAGGCCCCGCUGGGAAAAUUCAGGAGCUCUGUGACCGAGACGACACUGGCCAAAGAGAACUGCCGUGCACCUCUAGAACUGUCUCGUCCGGGCCUGUGGACUGAUCGUCCUCACACAGAGGAAAAUGUAUGAAAAUAACAGUGUAGUUUGUUUCUUCACAUUUAUAUUUAUUGGACAGACUGUUUGGAAGAGUGUAAUCUUGCCUGUGGAAUUCUCACGUGCUGGAGAUGUUUAACUGGCUGCAAUGACUUUCCCAUGUUUAUUUUCUGGGUGUUUUCAUUUCAUUAUGGUCAUUGCUCUUUAACUGAUAAGCACCAAGAAAAUCUCCAGCAGCCAAUUAAAGACUGCUCCCACUCACUUUGUGGUUUUCUGCCUAUUAUUGUUGAAUGCAAAAGGGGUUUUCUGAAACUGUCAUGUUAACGUCUCAGUUGCUUUUACUAUUUACCAUCAAUGAAUCAAUUUAACAGUAAAAGCCUGCUGGUUGGAGAUAAAGGAUCGAAGCUCAUAUUGAAAUGAUGCAGAUGAUCUGUGAAAGCUUUGUGUGUGCAUUGGUCAGUAGGGAAACCCAGAUAAAUGCUGUCAAACAAAACCGUCAAACCAUCCCCAUAGCAUAUGCUACCACCACCAUGCUUCAGCUUGGGGAUUGUGUGUUAUGGGUAAUGUUGGUUUUCUACCAGUCACACUCGGAGCAUCUUCUUCCACGUUGCUUUAUCCCCUACUUGGGUUGUUGAAAGCAACGACCUGCAUAGUUUUCCUUUAUCUUCACAAAGUAGUCUGUGUUGGUGGGUCAAAUAAAACCCUAUAAAAUAGGCUGAAGUUUGUAGAUGUAGAGGGACAAAAUGUGAUCAGUUCAAGAGAUAUGAUCAUUACUGGCCAAACAGGUAUUACUGGGCCAGUGACCAAUAAGCCCACAAUUAAUAUUUACUUGUGAAAAAUGAAAUCACAAAGAAUUUAUUUGGACAAAUCAGUGAGAUGUAAUUAUACUUUACUUGGCUGUUUCAUACAACAAUUCUGCAAGAUUCUUCUUGUGAAAAUGUUGAUUUCAUGAGAUCUCAGUUUCCCUCACUAUUACUUUGCUGCACACUGCUAGUGCCAGUUGGAAAGGUCAAAGGCCAGAAAAGCUCAGAGAAUUUUCGGUGUCCGAACUUUCACUCAGGGAAUGAGUGAACAUCUUUGCAACUUAUACUGAUUCAUGCGAUGUUUCAUUUUUAUUGACAUGUUUAUUAUGUAGCAUAAAUGUAUUUAAUUAAACUGUUCAUAAAUGUUCAUUGUGUUUCGACUUAAAAAAUCUUGCGUCUGAAACAGCGUUUGACAGUUGUGGCUCAGGUGGUAGCAAGCCUGCGGUAGCAUCCAAGGUGUACCCUCUACAUGCUGAAGAGUCUCGGAGCAAAUUCCUCCAGGUAGUCCCCCACCUUGCAUUGCACCUCCACUGCUUUGUUGUGUGCGAGUGAAUGAGAAGCACUGUAAAAUGCUUUCUAGAACCACAGACUAUAAACACUUAGUAUGAUAUCACAAAAUACUUGUGUAACUAAUAUUUCUGUGAUUAACUAAAUUAGUACAAAUGACGUCAGCACCGACACUGACAAAAAGGGAUUCCUUUUUUGUUGAGGGGUUGUGCGAAGUAAUUAAGAGUAGUUAGUGUCUUGUCUGCAGCAGAUAUCGAUUGUACCUCAACCUACCUCACUCUUAUUUGAAUAUACAUCCUUACAAAUGACCCCAGAGAAUGGAAAGCUCAAAAGGAUAAAACAGCUUCUUUGUGUCCUCUGCUCAGCCUUCCUGUUAUCUACUUUUAGUCUGCUCUCUCUCUCCCUCUCUUGCAGCCUGAAUAACCCACAGACUACUGGGUUUCAUGGAAAAAGCAGUUUACAGACUAUUUGUUUUUAGUAUUUUCAAGUCAAAACCUUUUACAUGUUUCCUACAGGGUUAACUCACAAAACAACUUUACUACUAACUGCAACUCUUCUUAGAUUGUUGUCAAGUUUAAAUAGAAGCCCGAGGUGUAGGCUUCUCUGCCAUGAAUAUGUCAGAGGAGGAAAAAACCCAAACAUGUGAGCUAGUGUUACAAGUGUUACAUAAAAGCAGAGGAACAAUUUAAAUUGUAACAGUCUGGCCUCCAAGCUUGAAUAACAUGAAAGAGGCUUCUGAACAGUGUUUUGGUGUUUUUGGCAGUAAAUUGGUCAGGAAAUUGAUAAAUUGGCUUGGUAUGGUGAGACACAUGAGGAAUUGGAGGUCAUUGUGAUAUUUAAUUCCAUUAUAUCUGUAAACAGUACUAUUUUUUCUGUUGCUGUAUUGUUGAGCUCUGAAUUAAAAUGUUCAGUGUUUACUAUAGUGACCUACUGCUUGAUGUCAGCAAUAUGGAUGAUUUUUGCUAUACGUGUCAGUGAAUUUGUGAAUGUGUGUAUUUAUGCUUGUGUCAAUGUGGCUACAGUCAUCCAUUUAAUGUGUGUGAGAAUGUAUCUGACUGACAAACAGCAGUUAUAAUAUGAAUGAACACUGCCUAUGUGGAUGUCAUGUACUCUUCAAGUACUGUAAGGUAAAAAAAGGAAUGCACUGAGCACUCAAGCAUGUAUGGAGGAGUUUGAUGGCUUGUGUAAAUAAACAUCUAAUCUAAAAUA